GCUGGUGCUGGGGACCGCGGCAGGCCCAGGGGGAGGUGUGGGUGGGUAGAAGGGACAAGUCUGGGCAGCGCUCGAAGGUUGGCACCAGUUCGCUCACCCAUUCAAGUGGCACUUGUCCCAGCAGUUCUCGCUGACCGCACUAGCUGCGUCUUCUGCCCUCUCGCACCCUGAGCUCAUCUGCAAACGUCUUAGUAUCGGUCCUCACCAUGCCUAGUCUUUGGGAUCGCUUUUCGUCGUCGUCCUCCUCGUCCCGAACCCCCACCCCAGAUCAGCCGCCGCGCUCAGCCUGGGGGUCGGCGGCCCGAGAAGAGGGCCUCGGCCGCUGCGCGAGCCUGGAGAGCUCGGACUGCGAGUCCCUGGACAGCAGCAACAGUGGCUUUGGGCCGGAGGAAGACUGCGCAUACCUGGAUGGGGUGUCCCUGCCCGACUUCGAGCUGCUCAGCGACCCUGAGGACGAGCACCUGUGUGCCAACCUGAUGCAGCUGCUGCAGGAGAGCCUGGCCCAGGCGCGGCUGGGCUCGCGGCGCCCCGCGCGCCUGCUGAUGCCGGGCCAGCUGGUGAGCCAGGUGGGCAAAGAACUACUGCGCCUGGCCUACAGCGAGCCGUGCGGCCUGCGGGGGGCGCUGCUGGACGUCUGCGUAGAACAGGGCAAGAGCUGCCACAGCGUUGGCCAGCUGGCCCUGGACCCCAGCCUAGUGCCCACUUUCCAGCUGACCCUCGUGCUGCGCCUGGACUCACGUCUCUGGCCCAAGAUCCAGGGGCUGUUUAGUUCCGCCAACUCUCCCUUCGUUCCUGGCUUCAGCCAGUCCCUGACGCUCAGCACCGGCUUCCGAGUCAUCAAAAAGAAGCUGUACAGCUCCGAACAGCUGCUCAUUGAGGAGUGUUGAACUUGGGCCUGGGGGGCUGGCACCGCCCCCACAGCAGAGACAACUGAACUUUUGGGGUGGACAUUGGCAGGCAGGAGCUGAGGAAAUCAUGAUGCCUGUCGUUAGAUAACUGACAACAGCCACCUGAGGGGGAAAAGUUCGCGUUGGGGAAGUGUUUUCUGGGAAACUCACUGAGGUGUGUGCAGGUGGCUUCCCGUUGGGGGCACACGCUUGCCCCUCAGUACUGUAGCAUGAAACAAAGGUUUAGGGGCCAACCAGGCUUCUGGCUGGAUGUGUAUGUAGCAUGUACCUUAUUUUUAUUGUUACUGACAGUUAAGACAAAGUGGUGUGACAGCCAGGAGAGCAGCUGGGCUGCACUGGCCUCUGCGAGCAGGGUGUGCUCCUGGUAACCGGCCCUGGAGGGAGGGGGGAGGUCAUCGAGGUGUUUUGUGUAUCUCAUGGUCUGAAGGGGCCAAAUGUGUUCUUUGAUUUUGCAUCUUUUGAUUUUUCGAUAGGAGCUUCACUACUGACCUGUUCUAGGCAGCUAUCUUACAGACGCAUGAAUGUAAGAGUAGAAAGGGGUGGGUGUUGGGAUCACUUUGGGGGAUCUUUGACACUUGAAGAGAAAAUACACCUGGGAGCUGCGUUUGGCCCAUCCCUGCCUGUGUACUGAAGAGUUUAUCUGUGAGGGGUGGGGCUGAUUAGAGUUGGGGCUGGAACCCCUCCCCCAGAGGAGUGCCAUCUGGGUCUUCCAUCUAGAACUGUUUACAUGAAGAUACUCGCUGUUCAUGAAUACACUUGAUGUUCAAGUAUUAAGACCUAUGCAAUAUUUUUUACUUUUCUAAUAAAAAAAAGUUUGUUAAAA